AACAAUAGGUAAAAUAUGGAAAUACGUGUCAGGCAGUCCCGACGCGGAAGAUCUUAGAAUCAUAAAUACUACCACAAAUGCUCUUAUAGAUCAAAACGACAAACAAAUCAAAAUUAACCAUGACUUUGAAGAAAGGAUUUCAAAACUUACAAAAACUAUCAACAUAAUGAUUGCAAAUUCUAAUAACCUAGUAAACAAAGCUAUAGAAGGGCUUGAUUCUGUAAACCUCUUAUUCAACUUAGAUGAACUCUCCCACCAAAUAGAAAUUAUAGAAGAAGCAAUUUCCCUAGCCAGGCUUAGCAUACCCAGUAGUCGGCUCAUCAGUCUACAAGAACUAACAGCAGCGCAGCAUACGCUACAGGACAACGGCCUAGGAUCAGACACCAUAGAUAAUAUCCUCGACAUAGCCAGCGCAUACGUUAUGUACUCGCAACAUUCCAUAGUCUACGUGCUCAAAAUUCCAAAGGUUACGAGCGAUGCGUUCACAUUAUACUACAUUGAACCAAUGAUUUCGAAUAGCACACGUAUUCACCUAAAAUCCAAGUACUAUCUGAAGGGUCCAAAUUCAUUUUCAUCGGAGAUACCAUGUCCAAAAACCAGAAAUUUACAUGUAUGCUUGAAUCAGCAGUUAGAAGCACCGGACAGCUGUAUUGAGCAGCUCUUUAAUGGAGAACCAUCCCAAUGCCCGAUGGAGAAAACAUACGGCCAAAACUUUGUCAAAAAGGUCGACGACUUCAAUAUCGUGGUAAAUCAAGUCAACAUGACGAUCCGCUCCAAUUGUUCAGCACACAACCAACGAUUAGAGGGAUCAUACCUCAUUCAAAUAUCAAACUGCUCUAUUAGAUUGAAUAACGAGGAAUACUUCAACAAGGAAAUAGAAAUUCCUUCGAAACCAUUCAUUCCCACGACUGGAUUAAAGAUAAUCUUCAUGUGAACCUACAUCUACUUAAGUGGCUAUCAUCCGGUUCACUUUCUAUAAUAACAAUAAUCAUUAUCGGACUCGCCGUAGCCUGGACCCUUGGAGUACGCAUCCCGAAGAAGACUACCCUAUUCAUCCCUGAAGACACACCGAAACGAUUUAAGGACGAAGACAACCCGGACACGGACACGGAUUCACAACAGAAAACAGUAAUGGUACCACAAAUAUAAUAAUUCAAAAGCCGAGGACGACUUUUCGCUAGAGGAGGGAGCCGUUAGGGAUUAUGUUAAGCAGAAACUAGCCAAUAGGACAAGCUCGCGCCAAAACGGCGCGUCAUUAGGCAAAUAAGCUGA